AUGUGUUGGGGAGCGAUGUCACGAACUUCAGUAGUUGAGCAGCCUUCGUCGUCUUCAAUUGCAGAUCGUACACGUGGACGAUGUGCGAAUGGACGAGAAGCCGUUCGACAGCAGAGUCGACAGCAUAGGCGUCGUGAUUUGGUUCACGAGUAUGAUGAUAGUGAUAUGGAUACAAGUGCCUAUGCUUAUCAACCAGAUGACGAAGACAUGCUUGCGGAGUCUCAACAGAAUGAACAUACGGCUCCGCGUAUUCCCAAGGACUAUGGCGAUAUUUAUGAAGCUAUCAACAAUUUCAUCACAAUUUUUGAUGUCAGAUAUCGAAAUGGUGGUAUCUCUUCAAAGCCUCCACUCAACUUUUAUCACGGUACACUUCAAGAAGCAGUUCAACAGGUAAUUAUCGGA